CGCGAGGCUGACAUUCCGACGCCAAAGUCAAAUCUAUACACCGCAAGCCCACAUACAUUUUGCUUCUCAUACAAUGUACAGAGACGAUGACGGCCGAUGAGCAGCGGCGACGAGUCGGAGCGGACGGCGGCCGCUUUAGCGGCAAGCCUGGUGCAGGUGGACAUCGAACGACUUCCACCGCGUCCCGUCAUCGCCGGGGAGCGGAGACCCCGGUGGUGCGCGCGCAAUGCCGUUCUCCUCUCGCCUCAUCAGCUCAUCGACGGACGUAUCAUCAGAAGUUCCUUAUUGCUUAAUAGGCAUAGGAAGCGCAGGCGCUCGCUCAGGUUUCCCCAGAACGAAGUCGCUGGCUACCUCGAACCUGAAAAUCCCUGGAGACAUCGUAAAGAUGUCAAAAGAGAUGCAGUACUUGUUGCAUAUAAAGAAGCCUGCUCGAAGCAUAAAACAUCUCCCUUACAGAGCAUUAUUUACCAGCUUAAGUCAACAAAUGGUAUAGAAGAUCGUUGCGAGGAAUUGAAUUUUCAAAAUUUAACCCUCCAUAGAAGUGAUUGUGAAGCCUUGGAAGAAAUAUUUAAAAGAAUUUUAUUUUAUAAAAUUAAUUUAGAUGCAGCAAUUGCAGAAGACAUGGUAAGAUUAGAGUAA